AGACUCCUGCUCUACUAGGCGAUGUCUCCCGUACUCCCCUGGGAACUCAUAGAGAGUGUUGUGGACCAAGCUUGUCAUGAUUUCGACCUCCUACAUAGCUUUUCCCUCACCUGUCGCCAGCUCCACUCUCGCAGUCUUCUGGUCAUGAUCAAUCAUAUCUCUCUCAACAGCAGGGACAAGGCCUUCGCUUUCUACGACUUCCUUCGAACAGAUACCGGAUUACGGCUCCGAGAGCACGUACGGUCUCUCACCAUUUCCCCCGUCGACGUUCCGCACCUUCCUCCGCUUCACAUGCUUCCCAACCUCUCUACCCUCUCGUUCGUCUCGCGCAAACUCGAACGAUACUACCAUGAAGAAGGUCAACCUACUGUACGUCUCCACACAUCCCACCUCUGGUGCUACCACCGGUACGGCCAGAACAUUCGAACUCUAGAGCUGGGCUAUCUCUCCCUGUCGGCCUGUAUAGAUCUGUGCCGAUUGAUUCUGGCCUUUCCGAAUACCACAAAAAUCAUUUGCCACGACAUCAUAGUUAAGGGACCGGCGAUGAGCGGACCUGUCAUGGACGUGUUGGGAGCGAAGUUAUCGCGGCCUCAGCUGGCCACCGUCAAUGUGAGGAUAGCCGAGUACAUUCAUUGUGUGCGUUCUAUUCAUCUGACAAGUCAUAUUUCUUAGAUUCAUUCGGGUGUAGAUGAAA